AUGGCCAAGUUCCUCCUUCACACGUUCUACGCCACAGGCCACGUGCUGCCGAUGCAGUCGGUGGCCAAGGCGCUGGUGGACCGCGGGCACGAGGUGGUAUGGCUGACGAGCCCCGAGCAGGAGGCGCGGGUGCGCGCCACCGGGGCGCGGUUCGUGGCCACGGCGGAGAUCGACCGCGCAGACAAGGUCCUGCAAGAGUGCAUGGCCGACCCGCCCGACACGCUCGAGGGCAUCGUGGAUGCGUUUUUUGGCGGGCGGCUCGCGGCGCAGGUGGCGGACCUGCGCAGUGUGCUGAGGAGUGGGCAUGAGUUGGGAGAGGUCCCCGCGUGGGCAACCUUGGGCGUUGUGCCGAUGUACUUCAGGGAGCACGCGCCAAAGUCAACCCUCGGGGCGAUCCUCAGCCAGCCAGAGCUGAUCGCGGACUGUAUGAAUGCGCAACGGGUCGAGCUCGGCCUCGGGCCCGUCGAGCCGCGCCAGAUCCUGCAGUACAGCCCGCAGCUGCACAUCCAGGCGUCCAGCCCGGAGCUCGAGUUCGGCCAGGCCCUUCAUCCGACCGAGUACGUCGGCCCGCUGGUCAGCCCCCUGAACGGCAAGUCGUCAGCCCUGCCUGACUGGUGGGGAGAGGUGGUCGCCGCCUCGGAGCAGGCAACAGGGAACUUGCGUGUGGUCGGCAUCACGCAGGGGACCUUUGCGACAGACCCGUCGAGCCUGCUCCUGCCGGCGAUCCGGGCGCUCAGGGACGACGCGAGCCUCUUGCUGGUGGUGCCGUCGCAGCAGGUCGAGGAGAUCAGGCAGGCGUUACUCGCGGAUGGUGGCAGCAGCGGCAGCCAGUCCCUCCCAGCAAACCUGCGGCUGGCAUCGUGGCUCCCGUACGAGGAGCUCCUCCCGCGGUGCGACGUCCUCGUGACCAACGGCGGGUACGGCAGCGUGACGCAGGCGCUGGCACAUGGGGUCCCGCUCGUGUGCGCGGGCACCAGCGAGGACAAGAAGGACACGGCGGCGCGGGUGACGCACCUCGGGGCUGGCAUCGACCUGAUGACGGACUCGCCCUCGACGGAGCAGGUGCGGGACGCCGUCAAGGAGAUACUCGGUGACGCGAGGUACGGCGAGGCUGCGGGUGAUGCUGGGCGGGCCCUGAACUCUCUGGGCGGGGCGGCGAGGGCGUGCGACUUGCUAGAGGGUCUUGCUGGAGCGAAGUAA